CAAUAUAUCAUUUAUUAGUUUCACACAUACCCAGAUUAAAUCCUUCCAUACUUCCUAUAUCUAGCCAGCAUACAAUAUCUAGCUGAAUAUACUGCUGGCCAGGGGCGCUGUUGCCAUGAGGUGAGAAACACACCUCAGGUGGCAGCAACCCAUGUUACCAGGGAUGGCAAAAAGCCACUCCUGGUAACUUUAAGAGUAAAAAUUCCGAUUUUAAUAUUGGAAUUUCAGCUCUGCUAAAUCAGAGAGCACUUGUUCUGCAACGCUGAGAAUCAUAAGUGUCUUGUGCAAAGGAAGGGGGCAGCAUUUCUUUCUCCUGUUCGAAAAGCUUUACCUGUGUCUCCUCCUGCCUCUUAACUUUAGCCCGAGUAAAUAAGGGUAGAGUGACCAGAUCGCUUAAAAAUUCAGCUAACAGGGUGAACGAUUGCAGUUUAUUUUAAAUGCAAUUAGUGCUGCCCUGCAACAUGUAUUUAUUAGUCGUGUCACUUAUUUUUCAAGUCAUCUGGUCACUCUAAAUUAGGGAUCUGCGAUCCCUAACGCUCCAAUAGCUAGAGAAGUACAGCCCCUGCCUAGGGCGCCACACGGAGCGACUAUUACCACCCAGGAGAAGGAGCAGCCGUCACACCUUAUGCACAACAGACCGCUAUCGCUACGAAGGACGUUGUCCCCAUAUGGAAACUCACUUCUGUAACUAUACAUGCCUUCCUUACUGGCUUAACUUACUCAUCUGAUUGAACGAUCACUCUCCCAUUGCCUCAGCGCUGUGAUAGCCCCUCCCCACUCUCGCCCUGUCAGUGUGUAAUCUCGCGAGACUGGCCUGUGUUUUUGUGAGUACGCUGGCCCUCCUAUUCCCUUGCCUUGGCCUGUCAGCAGGAGCCUGUAGCCUGAAUGCUGGGCCGGCCAGCGCCCCCGGGGAGCAGCGCCCAGUGAGGCCUCUCAGCCCAAACAGUACCAAGAGCAGGCCGGAUCCAAACCGCCUGCCCCUAUCUCAUGGCGUCCGACAGCGACACGGAGGAAUUUUUUGAUGCCCCGGAGGAUGUCAACCUAUCCUGUUCUCCUGCGGUAUCUCCUACAAAAUCUGAAACAUUUAUCCUGAAGGAAGAGGUCACCCAUUCCAGGAAUGCUGAAACUAGAAACAUAGAUCUGAAGCAAGAUGACUCAAAAGAGAUAAUUGACAGCAUUAUUGAGGAAAGCCAGAAGUACAGUGACACAGAAAAUGCACACCCAGUUGUAGAGGAGAAGCCUGAAAUAUUACAUGAAACUUUAACAGCAGAAACUUCAAAAACUAGCCAAGAUCUUCUGAGCAAUAUUCCUGAACUGGUAGUUACAGAGUCUACCUUCCAUGAUGGUGUGGAUGAUCCUGUACAGCAACAGAUUGGUGAACAUGUAGAGCCAGACAAUAGUAGGACUCAAAAGGCAGGUCCUUCAGCUGAUCCUUCAUAUGUAUCAUCUGCAAUAGAAAAUAUUGUUGACUUAACUCAAGACCUUAAAAUAAUUGAAGACCUUAAAAUAGAAGAAGAGCCAGAAAUAUCACUUAUUCAAGAAGAAAAUAAAGAUCCCUCAAAACAUAUUGUGGAAGAUGUGUUACCUAAUAUACCAACAUCUGAUAUCCUAGAACAAUUACCACCUGCUAAACCUCCCAGGCAGAUCUGUGUGGAGCCUGACAUAGUAGCAAGCACCAAAAAACCUGGACCAACACGGCCCCCACUACCAAUAAAUGUUCCCCCUCCACGGCCCCCACCACCAGCAAGGCCAGCGCCUCCUCCACGCAAGAAGAAAAGUGACACUGAUUUUGACAGAUCUUCUGGUUUUGAGUAUCAGAAGGAUGGAUUCUUGGGUGGAGGACUUUUAUCCCCAAACACAUUAACAGAAAAUAUGAACAGGGAUUCACAGCCAUCCUUGGAUUUAGCUAGUGCUACAAGUGGGGAAAAAGUAGUCACAGCACAGGAAAAUGGAAAAGCAGCAGACGGGCAACUGUCCUGUCAAGCCAUUGAAAGUCUUGGCCCACAAAGACCUCGCUCAAACUCGGGAAGAGAGCUUACUGAUGAAGAAAUUUUAGCUAGUGUGAUGAUUAAGAACCUGGAUACAGGGGAGGAAAUUCCUUUGAGCCUGGCUGAGGAGAAACUGCCUACCGGUAUCAAUCCUUUGACCUUACAUAUCAUGAGAAGAACAAAGGAGUAUGUAAGCAAUGAUGCAGCACAGUCUGAUGAUGAGGACAAGCCUCAGCCCCAUCAAUCUGAAACUGAUGGAGGAAAACUAAAGCAGAAGACGACUCAGCUAAAAAAAUUUUUAGGGAAAUCUGUCAAAAGGGCAAAACAUCUUGCAGAAGAAUAUGGAGAGCGUGCAGUUAAUAAAGUGAAAAGUGUUAGAGACGAAGUUUUUCACACUGAUCAAGAUGACCCAUCUUCCAGCGAUGAUGAAGGAAUGCCCUACACAAGACCUGUAAAAUUUAAAGCUGCACAUGGUUUUAAGGGACCAUACGACUUUGAGCAAAUCAAAGUAGUGCAGGAUUUGAGUGGAGAGCAUGUGGGUGCUGUAUGGACAAUGAAAUUUUCUCACUGUGGUCGAUUGCUUGCCUCAGCUGGCCAAGACAAUGUAGUGAGAAUAUGGGUUCUUAAAAAUGCAUUUGAUUAUUUCAAUAACAUGCGAAUCAAGUACAACACAGAAGGAAGGGUGUCCCCAUCCCCAUCUCAGGAAAGUCUUAAUUCUUCCAAGUCUGACACAGAUGGAGGGGUCUAUAGUGCAACAGACGACAUGGACCCUGAUGAUAAAAAUGCCCCCUUUCGACAGGUGCCAUUUUGUAAAUACAAAGGACACACAGCCGAUCUUCUGGACUUGUCCUGGUCUAAAAAUUAUUUCUUACUCUCAUCAUCAAUGGACAAGACAGUGCGUCUGUGGCAUAUAUCCAGGAGGGAGUGUCUUUGUUGCUUCCAGCAUAUUGAUUUUGUUACAGCAAUAGCUUUCCAUCCAAGGGAUGAUCGUUACUUCUUAAGUGGUUCUCUUGAUGGUAAACUCAGGCUUUGGAAUAUUCCUGACAAGAAAGUUGCUUUGUGGAACGAGAUUGAUGGACAAACGAAAUUAAUUACAGCCGCUAACUUUUGUCAAAAUGGAAAACAUGCAGUUAUUGGCACGUAUGAUGGAAGGUGCAUUUUUUAUGAUACUGAGCAUUUAAAAUACCAUACCCAAAUACAUGUACGCUCCACGAGAGGGCGAAACAGGGUAGGAAGAAAAAUUACUGGAAUAGAGCCAUUACCGGGUGAAAAUAAGAUUUUGGUGACCUCAAACGACUCCAGAAUAAGGCUGUAUGACUUGAGAGAUCUGUCAUUAUCAAUGAAAUACAAAGGCUGUGUUAAUAGUAGCAGUCAGAUAAAAGCAAGCUUCAGUCAUGAUUUUACAUACAUUGUAAGCGGCUCUGAAGAUAAAUAUGUUUAUAUCUGGAGUACGUACCAUGAUCUAAGCAAGUUCACAUCAGUCAGAAGAGAUCGCAAUGACUUCUGGGAGGGAAUUAAAGCACACAAUGCAGUUGUUACGUCUGCCAUCUUUGCACCAAACCCAGGCCUAAUGGUAUCAGCAGAAACGUCUUCUGAAAAACAAGAAGGUGACCAAGCAGAGCCAGUAGAAAAUAUACCAUCAGGUGCAUUGAAAUCUGACCAUACAGAAGUGCUUCUCUCUGCUGAUUUUACUGGAGCAAUUAAAGUAUUCAUUAACAAAAAGAAGAAUAUAGCAUGAACCGAAACACAAUCUACUAUUAGGAAAUGUUCCCACAGCCAAGAGUACUUGAAACAUGAUGGUGACACAUAACUUGGCACAUCCUCAGUAGAUCCCUCAAACCUUGGUCGCCAAAAGAAUUUCUAACUCAUGAAACUGAAGAUACAGAUUAGUAUCAUCUCCUCCUCCUAAUCCACAGGUCAGCUACGUACGACACUGCAGAUGUUGUGGAACCUCAUUCCUUAAAUAAUUUAGGUCUUAGCUGCUGAAAUUUAAAAAUGAUGGAAACUGCGAGUUUAUCAAUAUCUGCAAUGUUUAGUUAAUCUGUAAGUUACAAUAUCAAUUUUAGAAGUAAGCAAAUAGCAAAUAUUUGUUUAGUGCAAAUGGAGUCUUUAGCCAGGAGUGCCAUUUUUCUGCUUCCAAUGGAUGCUGUUAUGCAGUUUUUCUUAUCUGGUAACAACCUGUGUGUUUUUAUUAAGAGGGAGCCACCUUGCUCUGUAUCUUCAGUUCCACCCUGGCCAUGAAAAGCAAAGUCAACAUUGCACAAGUUUGUCUGUGUGACUGCAUGUGAAGCAGGUCUUUGCAGCUAGGAUGGGGAUCCUUUGUAAGCAGUACCCAGUAGUUCAUAUUAAGGGCAACUAUAGUCCAUAGUAACUUGUACUUUGGUCCUGUGGCUGCUGUACUAGGACCCCUUGGCAUAGCAGACCAUAUAAUAUUAUUAAGAUAUUAACUUACACCCCUGAAGGUUACUUCAAUAACCUUGUGCAUUGGAAUAUUUGGGACUGCCUGUCUUCAGUUUAAUACCUGAGUCAUACAUACAACUGUCUUAUAGAAAAUACCCGAUGGGCAUUUUAACCAGCCCAGUGGGCACCAGGGGAAGGAUGAGAUUAUGUCCUAAGGCAGUGUACAUUAAUAAAGUUGAUAUAGCAGGACUUUUGUACCUCCAGACCCAUACUAUGAAAAUAAGAGUUGUUACUUCUUACAUGUACUUGGCCUUAAAAGCUUAUUCAGCCUUCAUUCUGCCCGGAUUGUCAGUACAGCUCAAUACAGUGGAAAUCCAUUUAUUGCAUUCCAGAAUUAAACUUUAAAUGUGUGAUCUGAAAUGCAGGUCAGAAAAAGUCCUUAGUCAUAGAAAUGUUGGUAUAGUGACCAUCUGGCUUAGUUUGCUGAGAGGCUACAUUUGGUGACCUGUAUAUAUUUUUUGGUUAUAGAUGAACCAUUCUUAAUCUUUAACCAAUAUCAUUUUUAAAGGAAACAUUGUAUGUUCUUAGAAGGAAUGUCUUAUCGGAUCUAAGUGAUUAGGCAAAGACAAGAUUUAUCACUAAGACAACAUCUGUUUAUUAUGUGUCAAAUGCUUUUACUUCUAAUGCACAAAUCAGAACAUAUAUGUGGAGGCAGUUAGCACAUAAGCACAUUGCUUGGCUAUAAAUUCCCUAGGUAAAAGAUAUACUCCUGCCAUGUGUUGGUUGGUGGCUUAAGGUUUUAAAUGGUCUACUGCAUGUACAGCAUAAAUUAUUUGCAGUGCCACAGCUAUGUGGUAGCCAUGUACGAGACUACUAGAAAGCAGUAUGUCUGUCACACAAAGUGCUUGCUUGUUAUUUCUCCUUAGUUAGUAGACUAUAUAACUUACUUUACCUUUUUCUUCUCACAUUAAUGGCUAAAUAGAGAAUUUUUUGCAGCAGACAAUAAUGUAGGCCAUAUGCAGAUUCAGAUGCAGUGGUUACAGACACAUAUAUAUGUGCUUUGCUUGCACGCUUUAGCAUUACCAUUUCAUACUUAUCCUUACAGAAAUACAAUCAUGGAAGAUUAACCUUCUAAACCAUUCAGCAAUGAAUUUUAGAUUUCCCUGUCAUGCUCAACAUUAAAUUGUUAAAUGGUGCUACACCAAUCAAAAUAUUUAACCCCCACUGGUUUAGGGGCAAUGCAGUACUAAGCAUUGUAGACUUAUUUAUUAACUAUAAUGGAAAAAAGAGUAUAUGUUCUUUUUAUGUGAAAUGGGAAAGGAGAAUAUUUUUAUUUUCUGUUGCACAAAAUUGCAUUUUCUGAUUAUCUAUGUUGGUGGUACCUAUCAAUAGAAUAAAAUGUUGUUUCUUUUAGGUCAGAACAUUUUAAAGUGAAAACUUUCUGGGAUUUGCUUGCAACCUUUGCUUCUGUAUUUUUUGUUGUGACUUAUACAUUGAUUUGUAUCGCCUGCUUUGCACUCUGGGGCACAUUACUUUUGCAUUUAAAAAACUCAUUCCUUCUGCAUCAGCCCAUUAGUCUUUUAGGGGCCUGACAGCCCCUACCUUCUGUGUGGGCUUAAGAUGCGUUCUUUUGCACCUAUGAUGUUUUUGGUGUCCUAAAGCAUUAAAGGGUCAUUCUGAGCAAUGAUAGGGGUUUUUCAAAACUGUGUAAAAAGAUAAUUGUUUACAUUUUUUUUAACUCUUGUAGUUUCAGUGAAAGCUUUAUUUCUGUUAAGGUAAUUUGGGAAAGAAAUAUGUAUAUAAAUAUGAGCUCACUAUGUACCAAUGAAAUAACUUUCUGAGUUAUUGAUGGUCAAAUGUGGACAAAUAAAAAAAAAAAAAAAAAAAAACAACAAAAAAAAAAACUGUCAUUAAAAGCUGAUCACCGAAAACUUGUUGAAUG